CCCUUCGCGUCCCGACGCGUUAUUGUGGUGGGCGCUGGUCCCGCUGGGCUGUUUUGUGCGCUCGCACUUGCCCGGCAAGGCUUUCGUCCCAUACUUCUCGAACGAGGUCAGGCUGUGGAAUCCCGAGGCAAAGACAUUGGUGCCCUCAUGCACCGUAGAAGCAUGAACGGGGAAAGCAACUUUGCCUUUGGAGAAGGCGGUGCCGGAACUUGGAGUGAUGGUAAGCUAACGACAAGGAUAGGACGGAACUCGCAAGCCGUCCGUGACGUAUUGGAUACUCUCGUUGCCUACGGCGCACCCCAAACGAUACUCGUUGAAGGAGCGCCACAUUUGGGCACGGACAAUCUGGUACGAUUACUACGUAACAUGCGCUUGGAUUUGCGAGCGCUCGGUGGAAAAGUACGAUUCGGAACCAGGAUGACCUCGCUUAUCGUGGAGGACGGAAUCGCCGUUGGUGUCGAAUAUCAUCGCAGUCAGCCCGCCAUCGAGCGAAACGUUGCUCUCGCCGAACAUGAUCAACAAUUGCCGGAACGGGGAAGUAUUCGAGGGGAUGCGGUAGUUUUGGCCACGGGACAUUCCGCUCGGGACGUGUACGAAAAUCUGUACGCUCUUGGGGUUCAACUGGAACCCAAAGGGUUUGCCGUGGGCUUUCGUGUAGAGCAUCCCCAGGCUCUCAUCAAUAAGAUUCAGUACGGCAGUGAGUGGGCACCAUCGGUUAUCACGGCCUACGACGGCAACCAAACGCGUGGUGUCUAUUCAUUCUGUAUGUGCCCCGGAGGACAAAUUGUUCCCGCAUCGACCGAUCCAGAUGAAGUGUGUGUUAAUGGGAUGAGCUUCAGUCGUCGGGACUCACUGUGGGCCAAUAGUGCCUUGGUCGUUACCGUUGCUCCGGAUGAUCCCGUACUUGACGAAUACCGCGCCAGACACGGGGUGCUGUCCGGGAUUGCUUUUCAACGCGAUAUGGAACGCAAGGCCGCGACAAUGGGAGGUGGCAACCUGACUGUUCCGGUACAGCGGCUGACAGACUUUGUGGCCGGGAUUCCCUCGACGACUGCACCCUCGUCCUCGUAUCGUUUGGGCGUCCGACCGGCGGCAUGUCACGAACUCUACCCGGCCCCUUUGACAACCGCGUUGCGACACGCGGUGAUGGAACAAUUUGAGAGACAAAUGCCGGGGUUUGUCAGUGAAGAAGGACUGUUGCAUGCGGUAGAAACGCGUACGUCUAGUCCCGUGCGUGUGUCACGCAACGAAACUACGAUGCAGGCCGUGGGUAUUCGUGGAUUGUACCCCGCAGGGGAAGGAGCAGGCUUUGCGGGGGGCAUCGUCUCGGCAGCAGUGGACGGAUUGGCCGUGGCGGAAGCUAUUUUGGAGGCUUCGUUGUCGGGCAGC